GAAGACCCCCUCAUACGAAUAUAUCCACCCCCACGGCUGCUUCCACCCGUCAUCAUCGCAGAAGAUGGAGAGAGGCACCGUCCUCAUGCGCCGCUACGAGCUCGGCCGCCUCCUCGGCCAGGGCACCUUCGCCAAGGUCUACAAAGCCCGCAACAUCCUCACCGGCGAGACCGUCGCCAUCAAGAUCAUUGACAAAGAGAAGGUCCUCCGCACCGGCAUGAUCGACCAGAUCAAGCGGGAGAUCGCCAUCAUGCGCCUCGUCCGCCACCCCAACGUCGUCCAGCUCUACGAAGUCAUGGCCACCAAGUCCAAGAUCUUCUUCGCCAUGGAGUUGGUCCGCGGCGGGGAGCUUUUCGCCAAGGUGGCCAAAGGCCGGCUCAGCGAAGACAUGGCAAGAAAAUAUUUUCAGCAACUCGUCGGCGCCGUCGACUUCUGCCACAGCCGAGGAGUCUAUCACCGGGACCUAAAGCCGGAGAACCUCCUCCUCGACGAUAGCGGCAAUCUCAAGGUCUCCGACUUCGGCCUAAGCGCGCUCCGUGGGUCGAGACGGCAAGACGGGCUGCUCCACACGACAUGCGGCACGCCGGCCUACGUCGCGCCGGAGGUCAUCAACCGAAAAGGCUACGACGGCGCCAAGGCCGACAUCUGGUCUUGUGGGGUGAUCUUAUUUGUCCUCAUGGCCGGGUACCUUCCUUUCAACGACCCUAAUCUCAUAACAAUGUAUGGAAAGAUCAGCAGAGGGGAGUUCAGGUGCCCUACCUGGUUCCCCUCCGAUAUCCGGAAGUUGUUGUCCCGGUUGCUCGAUCCGAACCCGAAUACGAGGAUCACCAUGUCCAAGCUCAUGGAGAACUCCUGGUUCCGAAAGGGAUUCAAGCCAGUGCCGCCGACGCUGCAAUAUAGAGGAUCGCCAUGUCCGAGAUCAGAUGGCGACGUGCAUGGCUGCAUGCAUGGCGCCACCUUCCCGUCAGAAGACGAAGAAAAAGAUGAAGCGGAGGAGGAGAUCAAGAAGAAGUUGGCAAUGUCGCCGAUAAGACCGUGCUGUUUAAAUGCAUUCGAUAUUAUAUCGCGGUCGCAGGUGUUCGAUUUAUCGGGAUUAUUCGAGAAGGAGAAGGGGGUGAAAGCGGAGGCGAGGUUCACGUCCAAGAAGCCGGCAGCGGCGAUCGUGUCGAAGCUAGAGGAGAUAGCGCAGAUGGAGAGAUUUAAGAUGAUCAAGGAGAAAGAUGGGGUGGUGAAGCUGGAAGGGAGCAAGAAGGGGAGGAAGGGGCAGCUGGAGAUCGAGGCCGAGAUCUUCGAGGUGUCGCCGGCGUUGUUCCUGGUGGAGAUGAAGAAAUUGUCCGGCGAUACAUUGGAGUACCAGAAAUUUUAUCACCAGGAGCUGAGGCCUUCGUUGAAGGACAUUGUUUGGACGUGGCAGGUAGGGGAUCAGUCACCGCCGCCGCAGACGCUGGCUUUGUCACCGCUCCGGCCGCCACUUCCGGUGCCCGCAAGUCAUCCGGCAUGCAUUUUUUGAUCUUCUUUGUAUAUGCUAUUCUUCGAGCGGUGUUUUAUGCUUUAGAUGGGCCGGAAGCGCUGUUGAUUGUGGAUUGUUUGAUUUCUUUUCUUUAUGCAUUUGCUUUGGAUUUGGCUGCUAUGGCUUGC